UUCAUCACUAUCACAUUCGAAAUUCAAUCUACAAACCCUAAAUUCCUAAAUCAAUUUCUUUCUCAAAUUUCCCCAAAUUUUCCCUAGAAAAUGUCUGGUCGUGGUAAGGGAGGUAAGGGACUUGGAAAGGGAGGUGCAAAGAGGCACAGGAAAGUUCUUCGUGAUAACAUUCAAGGAAUCACAAAGCCAGCAAUUAGAAGAUUGGCGAGAAGAGGUGGUGUGAAGAGAAUCAGUGGUUUGAUCUAUGAGGAAACUCGAGGAGUGUUGAAGAUCUUCUUGGAGAAUGUGAUUCGUGAUGCGGUUACGUAUACUGAGCACGCGAGGAGAAAGACGGUUACUGCUAUGGAUGUUGUUUAUGCUCUUAAGAGACAAGGAAGAACUCUCUAUGGUUUUGGUGGUUGAAGAAGAUGUAGUAUUUUUGUAAUUGGAACUUUUUAUUGUUCCUUAUAAUUGUUUUAGUUUUUUCUUUGUAAGUUUCAUCAAGAUUGAAAUUAAAUGAAAAGCUGUUUAUUGGUGAA